ACACAUUUGGGAUCUAAGCAUGCCACAACAGCAGCUAGAUAUCCGCCUAUCCUCCCCCAAAGUCACCGCAGGCGCAGCAGCAGGCUUCCCCCGUCCAAGAGAGCACGGAGACUCCACCGAGUGAUGCCACUGCUGCAGCAAGAAAAACACCCAGCUACCGCGCACACUCUCGACGCCUGCCGGAGGACCCGACACCACAGUCUCGGCCCUUGACAGAAGAGAGAGCCCCCUCCCCACCCCCUCGGCUCCGUUCCCGUCCUGACUCCAGGAUGUCCGACAGCAACGCAAGUCCCGCCGACCGGACGGUCAAAUCGGUCCCCUUCCCCCUGGCCCACAGGCUUACCAUGAAAGAGGUCUUUGACACAGAUGGCCGGCCGCGGGUGGACUUGCUCAAAGCUCACCUCACGAAGGAGGGCCGUCUUGAGGAAGCCGUGGCUCUACGCAUUAUUGAUGAGGGCGCCGCCAUCCUACGUCAGGAGCGCACUAUGUUGGAUAUUGAGGCGCCAGUCACAGUGUGUGGAGAUAUUCAUGGCCAGUUCUUUGACCUGAUGAAAUUGUUUGAAGUGGGAGGUUCUCCUGCCAAUACACGCUACCUCUUCCUAGGGGACUAUGUGGACAGGGGCUACUUACAGAUAGAGUGUGUGUUGUACCUGUGGUCACUAAAAAUCCUCUACCCAAAGACGCUCUUUCUUCUACGGGGAAACCAUGAAUGUAGACAUCUGACAGAAUAUUUCACCUUCAAACAAGAAUGUAAGAUCAAGUACUCGGAGCAGGUGUACGACUCCUGCAUGGAGGCGUUUGAUUGCUUACCCCUGGCAGCCCUGAUGAACCAGCAGUUCCUGUGUGUGCAUGGGGGGCUUUCACCGGAGAUACACACGCUCGAUGACAUUAAGAAGUUGGACCGGUUCAAGGAGCCCCCGGCGUUCGGGCCCAUGUGUGACCUGCUGUGGGCCGCCACCCUGGAAGACUUUGACGAGAAGACGCAGGAGUACUUUGGCCACAACACAGUCAGAGGCUUCUACUUCUACAGUUACCCAGCCGUGUGUGAGUUCCUACAGACCAACAACCCGUCAAUCAUCAGAGCCCAUGAAGCACAGGAUGCUGGGUAUCGUAUGUACAGGAAGAGUCAGACUACAGGUUUCCCCUCCCUCAUUACCAUCUUCUCUGCUCCAAACUACCUGGAUGUCUACAACAACAAAGCUGCGGUGCUGAAAUAUGAGAAUAAUGUGAUGAACAUCCGGCAGUUUAACUGCUCCCCUCAUCCCUACUGGCUGCCCAACUUCAUGGAUGUCUUCACCUGGUCUCUGCCCUUCGUCGGGGAGAAAGUGACUGAGAUGCUGGUCAACGUCCUCAGUAUCUGCUCUGAUGAUGAACUCAUGAACGAUGGAGAAGAAAUCUAUGAUGCGAGUGCAGCCGCAGCCAGGAAAGAGGUGAUCAAGAACAAGAUCCGAGCAAUUGGGAAGAUGGCUAAGAUGUUUUCUGUUCUAAGGGAGGAGAGUGAGAACGUGUUGACUCUGAAGGGGCUGACCCCAACAGGCAUGCUGCCCAGCGGAGUGCUCUCUGGGGGCAAACAGACCCUGCAGAGUGCUACCAUUGAGGCCAUAGAAGCCAUCGAGACAGUUAAGGACGAUGAAGCCAUCAGAGGCUUCUCCCCGCAGCAUCGGAUCAGCAGUUUCGAAGAGGCCAAAGGUCUGGAUCGCAUCAACGAGAGGAUGCCUCCACGACGCGACGCCGUCAACAGUGUGGGCCUGUCUAUGGGCCGCAUGAACAUGGGAGAGCCCAAUGGGACCGACAGCAACAGCAAUAUACAGUGAUGGACACUCUCAGAUGCCCAGACACACACCUGCAGUUACAACUCUGAUAUGGUACCAUAUUUAUAGCAGCGAUGGCCGGGAGUCUCUGGCCUGAAAAGCAGGAAAUGAUGCGUCAGAGAGGAAACAGACUCUUCUGGUUAAGGCAGCUGUCAGGCAGCAAAGAAGAGGUAGAAGAGAAGGUCUUUGUAAAGCAUUUAUAUUAACGCAUCAGUGCAUGCAGAGUUAAGUUUUUGAUAAUAAUGUGAAGAUUAUAUUUGUGCUCUGUGUUUCACUAUGGUAGGAAGUUCUGUUCUUUUUGUUUUUCUGGCUGAUAUAAAUGAACUGAGGAAUAAUGAAUUAUUUAUUUUGUACAUAAUGCUGAUUUUUUAUUUUUUGUAUUCAUUUGUCUUUUUAUUUUCUUUCUUUUUUUUUCUUUCUCAACUUUGUUUCCAGAUUCUUUUGACGCUGUACAGACUGACAGUGCGCUUCUAUUCAGAGUGUCAAGUCCACGUUCUCUCCUCUCUUAUUUGUCGAUGUACAGGAGUUGUUUUUAAUGAUAAAUAUGAAUAACGAAACAAUUAUUAAACUAGCAUUGAUGAAUGGCCUAUUAUAUACAGAGGCACAGGCAUUCAGGCAGCCAAAAGCAUGAUUGCAUGGUUAGAAUUUGCGCUGUUCAAAGCAAAAAGCAGCAAGACACAUUUUAACAGAAGAGCUGGUGUGUUGCCAUCACAACUUAAAGGAAACAAGUGUACUCUAUCUGAUCAUAAUUCUUGAUGAUUCCUCUUGUUAUUUGAUGAUAUUUAUGAUUCUAUGAUUAUUAUGGUUCUUUAUUAUGGACAUUAUUCUUAAUAUUUAAGCUCUCUCUCUCUUGCUGGUUGCUCUUCAUGUUACGUUGCUCCUUGGUUGAUCUUGUUGUGCUUCUUUGGGAGAGGUGAACCCCCCUCGGAGACCCUGUGCCAUAGAAAUUGUGCCACGGUUCUUACUUAUUUCUCUCUCUUCUCUCUUCUCUCUCUCUCUCUCUCUCUCUCUCCUCUCUCUCUCUCUCUCUCUCUCUCUCUCUCUCUUUCUGUUUUGACUCCCCGGUCACUAACACUGUAAGCAUGCCCCAUGGGACG